UGACAAUAGUCUUGUUAAAGUUGUUUGGAACCGUCGUCUGGUCAGAAGGCUCUGUCGUAUUAAUGCCGAAUGGUAUGACCUAACAUCUACAUGAAUAAGAGACAGAAAGGUUGGGAGAUUAGAAUGUUUAUUGAUUUGGUUACAUCAACACAGGUAUGAGUGGAUAUUUUUACCAGUAUAUAACUGUAGUUGUCCGAGAUUUUAUUUUCUUCCAUGAUGAUGUGCAGUCCACUACCAUAGCAGUAGCCAUUGCCAGUUCUUUAUGCUGUUCCAUUGUAUGGGCUAUUUGUCAUUUGCUGACAUUUGGGUCUUCCUCUCGUAAGGUUUGCAAAAAGAGGGCCACUGCCCACACUACUGGUCAUGCUGUGGCUAAAACCAAACAGAGGAAAACUCCCAGAAAUUCCUCAAGUUCUGAAGAUGAUGUGACUGUUAGUGAGGAAAUUGAAGUACCCUGUGUUCAAUGUGGCCAGUAUAUUGCAGAUUACACCUGUAGGUUUGUUACCUGUAACAUUUGCUGCCUAGCACCCUCAUCAUGCUCUACUCAUUAUGUGUCAGAAAACAUCAGAAGACCUUACAACACAAAGAAAAAAGGAAUGACAGAAAUAAAUUUAAGCAACACUGAAAUCACAGAAUGCCCCUACAGAAUGGGGUACAUUGGUUCUCAGUUGACUCUUCUAAACCUGUCCCACAACAAUCUUAGUCAUAUCCCAGCAGAAAUAGGUUGUCUGAGGGGUCUGCAGGAGUUACUGCUGAACAACAAUAACAUCACCUCUAUACCAGACAGUAUUGGUUCUCUAGUCAACCUUAAAGUGUUGAAAUUGUCACAUAAUCAUCUUAUGGGUUUAGCAGAAUCACUAACUAGCUUGUCUAACCUUGUUCAUCUUGAUGUUCGAAAAAACAAACUACAAUCACUGCCCUCUGGAAUAGGGAGCCUCUUAAAACUGUCCUGUCUAAAGUUAGGUUCUAACUCCAUAUCGCAUAUACCAAAGAAUUUAUACAAAUUGACACAUUUGAAGGUCUUGAAGUUCGAAAAAAAUAAAAUUGACAGUUUGUCAGGAGAUGUGAGUAAUCUGCUGGAGUUGGAAUAUCUCAACCUGUCACACUGUCAGCUGUCUACGAUUCCCAGAGAGCUGGGCUCCUGUAGUGCACUCCGAAAAAUUGAUAUUUCUAAUAACAGAAUAACAGAUAUACCUGCACAUUUUGGCCAGCUACGUGAUUUGACCAGACUGAACUUAGCAGGAAAUAAACUGCGGUACAUUCCAUCCACCCUAGUACUUGGUACCAUUGUGGACUGUAAUGUUUCAGAUAAUGAUUUCAUCUCAAGUGAGCAUUCCAUAACAUGUGUUCCACUGACUUGUAAAAUUCCACCACUGCUUGAGUUAAGUGCCAGGGCUGUACACAAUCAUCCAGUGGACAAAAUAAAAGAAUUGCCACAAUCUUUACAAGAUAUGAUCACAAAGAGAAAGUACUGUGUGAAUUGUUAUAGGCCAUGUUUUGUGACUUUUCAAAUGACCUUGACAUUCCAGCAGUUAUCCAACAUGAACAUUCCCAUAGUGUCUUUAAGGUGCCUGUCAUGUACAAUGGGUCAAUGUUAGAUAUAAACUUCACCUCUGACAUUUGCUACAAAUCUAGUCAUACCAUUUUCUGUGAUUUGUGUUAGUGAUUAUUUACAUAGUAUUAUUUUUAUGAAUUAUAUUUUUAUUAUUGGAGGGCUGCUUCAUAACAUGCACAUAUAUUUUUAGAAUUCUAUUCAGAGCAUUAGUAGCUGGUCUACAGGUUUUACAAUUUCAAUUGAGAUCUCUGUAUUUUGAAGGAAACUGGAAUGCAUAUUUUACAAUUGUGCUACCUAUUAUUAUAUCUAGUCAUGUAUAUUUUCUGUCAUGCAACAUUUCAGUUUCCUACUUAUCUUUAUUGCGUAAAACUUACACUUUAAUAAUAACUCUUCCCAUUUGAGAGAAAUACUGAAUAACAGAAAAUUAUAGUGGUUUGAUAUUUCUGAUCUUCCUAAGGUAGCAUUCUGUUCUGUGUUAGAAUUUUUUUUAAGGAAAUAUGUAGGGUUGAAAUAUUUAUGAUUGUAGGUUUUGCAACUUUGCCUAAACUGCAAAAAUUGUGCAACCUCAGAAAUACCUACAUAAAUAAGUCAUUUUCAUUAUAUUUCAGAAUUUUCCUCUCAAUUGUAGAUCUUCUUCCAAUUAAAUAUUCAGAAAUGUAUUGAAAUGAAAUAAGCUUUUGGUUGCCAUUUAUAGAUUUUAUGUAGAUUGACAUAUGUCAAUUUUUAUCAUAAGAAUACAAUGUACCAUUGCUUUGCUAUUGCUCCAUUCUUAUACAGUAUAUCCAGAGAUUUUAAAUCAUCUCUACAUUUAAAUCUUGAUGCUGUGUUGUGAAAUGUGUAAUUAAACAAAAGAUAAGGUU